GUCGAUACAUCCAACCCAUUCCCAUCAGCCAUCCCCGACAUACACCAAGCGGCUUGCCCAGCUGACCCAACCUCCACUCCCUCCUACGCCCUUCAAACUUCGAUGGGAGCUGAUUCGCCCACUCAAGCCGCCGACUCCUCCAUUCCAGAGGCAAAUGCGCAUGGGAACCUCGACCCGACCAGCACUGCGGCCGGCAGCCCUCCGGCAGCGCCUCUGAGCAGCUCCGCCAUUCCUGCCGGCAACAACCCCCGUCCUGCUUCACUCGGCAGCAACCGCCGCAAUGCAGCCAACCACCCUUCGUCGACCAGCUCCGACGACGCACUCGGCAACGCCGUCCAUUCGGAAAAGGCACCCGCGUCAGCCAGCCCCAAUGGCAACGGCGCGGCCCUCCAGGCAUCGCAGCCGGCGGGCUCGGGGGCUGUCGUAGAACCCAUCUUCGAUCCCGCUGGCCAGAAGCCAAACGUUGCUGUGCGCUUCUUCCUGGUGUCCAAAAAGAUCAUCUUCCAUAGCUGGAUCAAUGUGUUCCUCGUGUUCGUGCCUGUCGGCAUCGCCGUCGCCGAAAUCCCAGGCAUGCCCCCAGGUGCCAUCUUUGGUGUCAACGCCGUCGCAAUUGUGCCUCUGGCUGCUCUGCUCAGCCAUGCAACCGAAUCCGUGGCCCGGAAAAUGGGCGACACCGUUGGCGCUCUACUAAAUGUCACUUUUGGCAAUGCGGUCGAGUUGAUCAUCUUCAUCAUCGCCCUCACCAAAAAUGAGAUCCGGAUCGUGCAGGCGUCUCUGCUCGGCUCCAUCCUGGCAAACCUGCUCCUGAUUCUCGGCAUGGCAUUCUUCCUCGGCGGCCUCCGCUUCCGCGAGCAGAUUUACAACAGCACCGUCACCCAGAUGAGCGCUUGUCUGCUAUCGCUCAGCGUCAUUAGUCUGCUACUACCUACUGCGUUUCAUGCCUCCUUCGCCGACAGCAAGGUGGCGGACGAACAGUCACUGAUUGUGAGCCGUGGCACAAGCAUCAUUCUCCUCAUUGUCUACAUCGUGUACCUCUUAUUCCAGCUCAAGUCUCACGCCUAUAUGUAUGAGUCUACUCCCCAGCACAUCAUUGAUGCUGAGUCGACCCCUGGCCCGGCUGCCGCCUGGAUGGACACUUCGAGCUCUGAGUCGAGCUCUUCCUCCGACUCGGACUCGGACGGCUCCAGCCAUUCGAGCAACACCAUGACGCGCCGAGUCAAGCGUGCCAUCCGUCGUCGUCGCAGAAAGUCAAGCUUUGCCUCUGCCGAUUCCAUGGAGACAGGUUCUAUAGCGACGGCAUCUACCAGCCCCACAGUUGAGGCAAAGAACCGUCUUGAUGAUGACGACAUUUUUGAUGGCACCACUGAAGAAGCCCAGAGCAGCCGUCGGCAUCGUCAUCAUCGCCAUAAGCGCUCGAAGGGCAAGCACCACAAGAAGGGAAGGAAGACCAUUCCCGAGGAGGACGCCACUCUUUCUGGCGAGAACAUUGCAGGCGUUGGCCCGUCAGCGAUUACCGGGUCAAUUGUUGCCGAUGGCGAGACCCGACGCGUAGAUUUCGCUGAGAUGGGCAAUGUCGCGACAGAUGCGAGCGCUGAAGCACCAGCCGUUGGGGCUCGUCGCCCUUUCGCGGGUAUGCGUGCCAUAUCCUCCAUCCGGCCGAUGGCUUCCAGUUUUGCUCCGCCCGUCUUUUCGCAGCCUACGCACUCUUCCACCAUGCCUGAACCUACUGGACCUGUCCCUCGUGUACGAAUGGGUAUUCGCAGGACCAACUCACUGCCGGAUCGCCUCAACCAGCAGUACUUACGCCCUCCCGGUGCUAUGCUCCCGAAUCGCGCCACGAUCGACAUGGUCUCAGGUCCCACCACGACCACGGAAGGCGAAGAAGACAUGUCUCAAAAAGCGGCUGUUGUCAUGCUUCUCAUCUCUACAGCUCUCGUUGCAGUCUGUGCCGAGUUCAUGGUUGGCGCCAUUGAAGGCGUCGUCGAAACUAGCAACAUUAGUGAGCUCUUUAUUGGUCUGAUCAUUUUGCCGAUCGUCGGCAAUGCUGCAGAGCACGUCACGGCCGUCAUGGUUGCUAUGAAGAACAAGAUGGAUCUUGCGAUUGGUGUUGCUGUCGGCAGUUCGAUACAGAUCGCACUCUUCCUCACGCCGCUCAUGGUCAUUCUCGGGUGGAUUAUCAACAAGCCCAUGACCCUAUACUUUACCUUGUUCGAGACCGUCUGCCUGUUCGUCUCGGCGUUUAUCAUCAACUUCCUCAUUCUAGACGGCAGGAGCAACUACCUCGAAGGAGCACUCUUGUGCUCGACAUACAUCAUCAUUGCCAUCAUGUCGUUCUGUUAUCCGGACGAAAACAAUACCAGCGAACUGGGCGGCAACUCGAACAUCGAGCACGUCCGUCGCUCGGCGUUUAUGACAGCCACAAACGUUGGCUCGGCGUUAUUUGGCAGGAUGUAAGAGCUGUGGUGUAUGGGCUGUCUUAGCUUGCAGGCAGCUGGGGUAGAAGAAGCCCAUGCCAACUGAAUGGAGCAGAGGGUAUGACCUGGGAAUGGACACAUGCCUCUGCUGCCACAUGCGGUGCACAUGAGAGUCGAGAUGACAAGACCAGUGCAGGGCAUCCUUUCGCGCUGUCAUUAAUAGCGCGUUUUCAGAUUCACAGUAGCAACAUUUAUCACAG